CCGCCAAAAAACCAAGCUCAAACUAACCGACAGAUGAUGAGGAUUGGGAAUAUGAUUUCCCCAGUUCUUGGGCUGAUUCCAUUAAUUUCCCAAUUCCCCCUGGGUCAGAAAUUCAAGUGCUUUUGCGUAUUUUAUACGAAAAAGAUUAAUACAUUUGGCCAUUUGGGUUCAGUGGUCUGAAAUUCGCGGGAACGAUGGCGGAGGGUUGGUUGGGACCCUCCGUAGCCAAGGGCGCUUCUUCCCUUCUCUUCCACACUCCCAACGUUCCUGCUCCCUUCUCUUCUUCCUCCGCGAGCAGUUCUAGGUCAGCUCUCAGACAGCCGAGAUCCGUCUCCAUGGCGGCUUCAGCGUCUCAAACCCAAUUAUCCCCCAACUCCUCCUCAGAAAUCUCCAGCCCUAGGCCUACUCAGCCAUCUCUUCUCGUCUUCUCCGGUGGUACAGCGUUUAAUGGCGUUGUGGAGGAGCUCAAGAAGUUGACAACUCGAGUGACUCAUGUUCUUCCCGUCUCCGACGAUGGAGGCAGUACAGCCGAGAUUGUUCGUGUACUUGGUGGUCCUGCUGUUGGAGACAUUAGGUCGAGAUGUUUGAGGCUGUCUGAUCAAAGCACGGUCGAGGCUCUGGCUGUUCGUAGUCUGCUUGGUCAUAGACUACCUCUUGAUGCACACGAAGCCAAGUCAGAAUGGUAUAGCAUUGUGGAAGGAAAACAUGAUCUAUGGAAUGGGUUAUCUAGACCAUAUAGUGAAACUAUCCGAGCCUUUCUAGUGUAUUUCCAAAAUGAGAUUAUGCGAAGGCCCAAUGAAGCAUUUUGCUUCAGUAAUGGCAGCAUUGGGAAUUUCUUCUUUGCAGGAGCACGCAUAUUUUUUCAGUCUCUAGAUGCUGCUAUAUUUUUGUUUUCACGUGUUUCAGAUAUUCCAUCAGAAAGUUUGGUCCUUCCUGUGAUCUCCACAAAUGACAGGCUUACGUUAGGAUGUGAAUUAUGGAAUGGAACUAUUAUACGAGGGCAAAAUGAAAUUUCUCAUCCAACCAAUGGCUCUAUGCAACCCAUUGACAAGGGAUGUUGUUCAGCACUUCCAUCAAGGAUAAAGCGUGUAUUCUAUAUGUCAAGUGAAGGUGGGAAUUCACUUCAUGAGGUCUUCCCCACGGUAAAUGCUACUGUACUGGACCAACUGAGCACAGUGGAUUGCAUUGUAUAUGCAAUGGGAUCCCUCUUUACUUCAGUUUGCCCAUCACUGGUUUUACGCGGCGUUGGAGAGAAUAUUGCUUCAAGGACCUGCCCCAAGGUUCUUAUGUUGAAUGGUACACAUGAUCGCGAGACAAUUGGGUUUUCUGCUUCCAGCUUUGUGACUGCAAUCGCUGAUGCCUUAAAUCGCAGAUAUGGAGAUCCUCACAAUUGUCUACGGUACUCUGAAAGCCAAUAUGUGAACACCCUUCUAGUGCCCAAAGGUGGUGCCAUUCCCAUAGACCUUCAUUCCUUGAAUGCUCAAGGGAUCUUUGACGUGAUUGUUGUUGAUUCAGUCGAGGAUCCGAAAGUGGGCAUAAUAUUUGAUCCAGCAUCGUUGAUCAAUGCCCUAGCUGAUUUGAUAGGAAGGCAUAUGAGCUCAAACGUGAAGGUUUAACUAAACCGGUUGUAGCUAGGAAGCCAGAGUAAGCAUCUUCUGCUCCGUUUUGGGACGUUUGGGAGGUACAAAUUCCAUUAUGAUGCAACUCUGCCAUUUUCCCAUUGAGUUGGCCGAUUUGAAGAUGCGAAUAGCGAACUGUGGCCUGGAUAGACGAAAAGAAGGAUUCCCAGGCAGGCGAAGUUCAGAAAUGGGUCAUCCUGGGAAGAUCAAAUAGCAUGGAGGCCAUUGAUGCUGCUACCCAGGAUAACAGGCUGUUGUCAAGUCAAGACCGUAGAUAAUAUAUUCUUGUUGUAGAAUUACCGACUUUGGAUUAUCUGCAUUUCAUUACAUGAACUGUUGAUUGAAAUAGAGUGUACCGUCAUGUUUACACACACUAGCCAGUGGUUUUGACCCAUUGCGGCAAGAGGAUAUGAAGCUACCAUGGUGAAGAGGAUAUGAACCUACUCGUUAUCUCAUUGGACUUCAACAUAUGUUUCAUUCAAUAAGCAAAUAAUACAGUAGCAUCCAAGGCCUCUGAGAAAUUUGAUCUUGGAGCAAAAAACAGCAACGGGAGGAUUCAUAAAAGGAACCAUGAACAAUGAGUUGUGGAGUCGAAAUACAAGUACAGGGAAAUCUCAAUCACCUCUGUUCCGCCCAGCCGAGCAAACAACAGCAGAAUUCAGGGUUUAGGAAGCUUUGCCACUGUUAGGAUUCGACUUGGUGCAGAGGACCCAUCGUCCCUUCGCCCGUCGCCGCUUCAGAAUCGCCCUCCCGCUAGUCGUUCUCAUUCUUCGCCGGAACCCAUGAGUCCUCGCCAGAGACUUCCUUGACCUGUUCCUCUUCGUCAGGCAAAGCGCAGCCUUCCCUGCUCUCACCACCAGUCCGCCGCCCCGCUUUCUUGAUUCCCCGCCGGAGCUCAAACCCACAGUUCCCAGAGACAGACCUGAGAAGGAAGAAGAGAAGGAGGAAGUAGGAGAGGAGAGGAAAGAGCAGUGCAGCAGGCCGGAGCGAGACGUGGAGCUGGCAUUCAUGGAGAAAUUCCUCCUGGAUGUGGUGCCGGUGGAGAGGGAGAGAGAAGCGGAGACGCCUCCACGAGGAGAGGAUUGAGCGGUUCUGCACGGCGGCAUCCAUGCCGGCGACGACAUUAUGGUGACGGCAGCUGCCAUGGCCUUUUUUUCUUGUCUUGGUUCUUUAGCUUUCUCCUUUUCGUUAUCCUGAUAAGGCUGAGGAAGUGAAGUCGCGAAGGGGACGAUGAGUAAGAAAGAAGAGCAGAGGUGAGGUGAGGUGGAGGUGGAGCCCGUGGGAUUUUGUGGAUCGGUUAAUCCGUACUAGGAGUUGGAUCGGAUCCGCUUUUAAGACAAAGCCUGCAUGGUAGCCCACAGGCUCAACCCAC